AUGCCCUGCUUCAAGGGCAUUGCGGUGAGCAUCCAUGCAAAUGGUGCACCACUGCCCGAGUACGGCAUUCAGAGGCAAUCGAGGCUAUCUCGCAUCAGCAACUACAUCCCUGUGCCCCAGCCGAGCCUCAGCCCCGACUCGAACAAGCCCGAGCCCGCCAAGUUUGCUAUCUCUAUUACUCUUCUAACGCCAGGCUUGCCGAUCCCCUACUCCGCCCCGAAGCCAACCGACAACAACCCAUAUCCGAAGCCGCAGUUCGUUGGGAGCUUGAACCCCGGUUCGAAUACCGAACGGGGAAAAUUCUCGGGCAUCGUCAAUCCGUACAUCCCCAUGACAAACUCGGAAAACGAGACCAUUGCCGCCUACAUUUAUUUCGACGGUCGAGCCAAAGAAGAGGUGGCGACUCUUCUCCGCCCUGGUGAGGAAACGUGGGUCAACAGCCGAUGGGUUCAGGUUCCCGACUCUGAAGGCGGCGGUCUGGCUGAGCGCGAGUUCCUGUUUCGAGAAGUUGGCUUGGAGCGCUGGCUGAAUGGUCUCGACCUCAAAGGCCACGACGCGGCGGAGAAGCUCGAGAAACGCCGACAAAAGUUUGAGAGACGCCAGCGACGACAGAAUAUGACUCUGGACGGUGGCCAUGGAGCUGAUACAGAGCAGGGCUCCAACGGUCGUCGCGAUACACUACGUUACGGCGCUGACGAUGCGUCGCCCAUCGAGGCCGUGUUUGACUCAGACUCGUGGUCCGAUGACGACGACGAGCCUCCUGAGGCCACGGGGCAGAUUAAAGUCGCCAUGUUCCGAGUUCUGGCAUCCGGGGAGAUCAAGAAGGGAGAGUAUUCUCCACAAUUUGAUGCCCACGACGGUGAUGAAGAGGCUUCGAGCGGCGGAGACAAUGGCAUCAAUGCCGAUGUGGAGCACACCACCAGCUUCGCCAAACCCAAAACACUCGAUCCGAAGACUAUCAGCACUCAGACGGUAACGGGUAUUGACGGCCCGGACAAGCCGUAUGCCGUGUUUACGUUCUUCUAUCGCGGCGAGAAACAACUUCAGAAAAUUGGCGUCAUGCAGUCGAGUAAGCAAGCACAUACCACGCCCGGAUCUGCCAAAAGGCGCUCUGGACAGCUAGACUUUUCCACUCUCGGGCCGCUCAAGGCGGGUGGCACCGUUGGUUUCACCGCUUUCCGUGACCAGGAUGCCGAGACUGUGCGACGUAAGAAGGCUCGAAAGAAGAGCAACGGCAACAUCGCCGAUGACAGUGACGACGACGAUGACGACGAGGGUGAGAUCGUUGGAAAGAUGGAGGACAUUGACGAUCAGGACGAGAAUGGCAAGCCGGUCGUGGACGAUACGAAAUUCGGCGGCGAAUUAGCCGAUGGCGUCAACCGCAUUCGGCUCAAGCGCGCGCAUUCAACGGAGCCGGACAGCCGUUCGACCCCAGAGACCUCCCAGAGAGCCACAGCAGAAGAUUCGCCCGCGCCUCAGGGCGUGCCCACAGGCCAACCCACGCCGAGCAGUUACAGUGGUCAGGAUGUUCCGCCGGAGGCUAUCGUUGGGAGCCCACUGAAGAAAGCUCGACCCAGUAUCGACCAGAGUAGCGCCGUCGACAAAACUUCAACGCAGAGUCUCAGUGCGGCUCUGAAUACGGCCGUUUCAGAGCCGCGCGUCAAGUUCCAGUACUGCAAUCUGAUGUACACCACUCUGGGCCACGUCAUUGAGACCGUCACUGGCAAAACGCUCGGCCAGGCUUUGCGGGACGAGAUAUGGGGUCCGCUCGGCAUGAACUCGACGUACUUCUACCUCCACGAAGCGCAAGCGGCACCAGCGCAUUUUGCGUCCGGUUACUACUGGGAUAAGAAAGCAGAAACGUUCAAGGAAGCUGGCUUCAUGGGAACAACGGAGCUUGCUGGCGCUGGAGCGGUCAUUUCAACGGUUCAGGACUACGGUAGAUGGCUCAAGUGUUUGCUGCACGAGAACGAGCCAUUCUCCAAGGACGUCCACAAUGACAUCAAGAAACCACGAAUGCUCAUAACUACAGAGCCUACUCGAGGUGCCGACAUUGUUCACUACGGACUUGGCUGGGCACGUAAAGUGUAUCGUGGCCAUGUUGUCUACUCACACAGCGGAGGCAUGCAUGCCUAUGGCGCCCAGACGUAUUGGGUCCCGGAGGCCAAUUUUGGUGCAGUCGCAUUUGCCAACACGUCCUGGUCAAGCAAUGCAGUAGAGGACAUCAUCAUUUAUCGGCUAAUCGAAGACAAACUGGGCAUUGCCGAAAGCGAGAGGUUCGACUUUGACGGAGACUGGGCGGACAAAAUCGAGCAGUUGGCUGCAGAAAUGCCACUGGACGAAGCGCAAAAGACGAUUUUCCCAGACAAACCAGAGAGGCCUUUGCCCCCCACUUUCGAUAUUGGGGAACUCGUGGGAACAUACGCAGAUCCUGGUUACGGUCAGAUGACUCUGUCCGAGCAGCCUCACCCCAAUAAAACAGGUGAGACUAUUCUUGUGGCGGACCGCAGUAAUAUGACAUGGCAGUAUCACUUGAGACUGUAUCACGUUUCGGGAGACUACUGGCUUGUGCACCUCACUACGCCGCCCAACCCUACGUUCUUAAACGAAUAUCAACAGGGCGAGUUCAGAAGAGGCAUCGAUGGCAAGGUCUCAGCCUUGGAGAUCAACUGGAUGAGUCGCGUUGAGGGCACAAUCGAGGGCAAGUGCGUCUUCAGAAAGACUUCGUGA